GGUAAAACAUUUUUUAAAUCUAUAGAAUAGGUAUAAUAUUUGUCUAUACAGAAACAUAAUUUUACUUUUAUUCAUGGAGGAUAAUACUACGUGUGCUUUUGUUCGAGAAAAUAUACCACUUAAUGAUUUUAAAAGGUUUUUAUUAUCCUCAAAAAAUGUCCAAUGUCAAUACUCAAGCAUAUAUGUCACAAGAUUAAAUGCAUUAAGAGAUAAUGUAAUACUAAAGGCAAAAAUAAAAUGGGCUGCACAUAAAAUAAUAAAUAUCUCAGAUCUUGUUGAAUUUGAAGAAAAUGAACUGUGUGUAAUCACAGGAACUCUUUAUAAGCAUGAAGAAUUGAAAAGAUCAGCUUUACAAAUGUUUGCAACAGAAUUACAAGUUUGUCCACAACCAUUGCAAUCUAAUUAUGAGUCAUUUAAGGAUAUCUUAUUUUUGGAAGAUGAUGCAUUAAGAAUUAAACUAACUGGUAAUCAUAUGAAUGUACAAAGUAUUGUAACUGGUAUUGUUUCUGCAUUGCUUGGUCGUCGACAAGAGAACGGAACAUUUUGGGUAGAGGAUUGGUGUUUUCCAGGAUAUUUUCCAACACCUUCUACAUCUUCUAUAUCAUUGCAAAGAAAUGCAAUGACAUUAUUAGUUUCCGGAUUAUCAUUGGCAAAUAACGUAGACCCAUUUGGAUUGACUCUCUUAUCCGAAUGGAUUAUAGGAAUGGCUGGAAAUUCGUCUAUACAAAAAGAAGCUGCACGUAUUGCACAUGUUAUUAUAGCUGGAAAUAGCAUAAGAGGUUUCAUCGAAAAAUUUAAUCAUAACAAUUAUUCUAAGCAAAAAAAAUAUAAUGAAAUAUUAAGUAAAGAAACUGAGGUGGCCACUCAUAGACUUGAUGAAUUUCUUCAAUCUAUCGUGAAGUGUUGUUGUGUAACAUUAAUGCCUGGUGAAUUCGAUCCUACAUGUCAUAUGUUGCCUCAACAACCAUUACAUCCUUGUUUGUUACCCCAAACAAUAAGAUAUCAAAGUUUUGAUUGCGUUACUAAUCCUUGGGUUGGUUCUAUCGGAUCUCGUAUUAUAGCUGGAUCUAGUGGACAACCGAUUCAAGAUAUUAUGAAAGUUGAUAAUGUUCUGAACAAUACUCCUUUAGAAUGGUUAGAGAAUACAUUAUAUUGGCGACAUUAUGCACCUACAGUUCCUAAUUCAUUACCGUCUUAUCCAUAUUUUCAAAAUGAUCCCUUCAUUAUAAAAGAAUGUUUAGACAUAUACUUUGUUGGCAAUAUGGAGAAAUAUGAAACAAAGGUGAUAUCUGAUGAAGGACACAUAGUGAGAUUAGUCUGUAUUCCAAAUUUUUCGAAAACUCGAACAGCUGUUCUUCUUGAUUUGGAAAGCCUAGAAACAUUUCCUAUUUCAUUUGAAGCUAACUUAUGACAUUGAUCAUAUUUUGUAAAAUCUUCCAAAUCCUUUUUUAUAUAUGUAUGACAUGAUACAUAUAACAAUAAGAAAUUAUGAUGCUUACAAGACUGCAAAUUAUAAGAUUGGAUUAUUUAUUUUAAAUAAGAGAUUGUUAAAACAGAAAUGCCGUUGAUAAGAAACAUUGACAAAAUGUCUUAUUUUAACAAGACUAGACAAGACUAGAGAAAAAGAAAAGAAUAUUGGUAGAUGAUCAAACUCAACUAGACAUCAAGUUUUGUCACAUGUAUUCUAACCUUCAAAUAUAAUUAUUCACUAUAUUAAGGGGUUCUUUGUGCAACUUCUUCAAGAAAUAAAGAUUAAAGAUUUAAAUAUUUUCAUAACACAUGAUACGGGAAGAACAAAA